AUGAUGAAGAGGCAGUUUAAUCGGAUGCGGCAACAGCUGUCCCAUCCCAACAUCACCAGCCGAACCCAAGAAGCAACAGAGCUUCUGCCAGAUGAUUUGCUGCAGAUCGAGCAGAGGAUCGAGCCGGCCAAGCGAGCAGCUCACAGCGUGUCUAAGAGGCUCCAAGCCUGCCUGCAGGGGCAAUGCGGCUCCGAGAUGGACAAGCGAGUGAAGAAGCUGCCCUUGAUGGCUCUGUCCACAACGAUGGCCGAGAGCUUCAAGGAACUGGACACAGAGUCCAGCCUGGGGAAAGCCCUGGAGAUGGGCUGCUGCAUACAGAGCUCACUGGCCAAAAUCCUGGCCGAGUUUGAGAUUGCCCUGGAGCGUGACGUCCUGCAGCCACUCAACAAGCUCAGCGAGGAGGAACUUCCCGUCAUCCUGAAGCACAAGAAGACUCUCCAGAAGUUGAUCUCUGACUGGAACACCAUCAAGAGCCGGCUGAACCAAGCUGCCAAGAGCUCCAGUAACAGCUCUGGUGCUGGCGCUGGCCCCGGGGCGUCUUCUGCUGCCAACAAACUGGAGAUCUUGAAGGAAGAGGAGGAAGAGGUGAAGAGGAAGGUGGAGCAGUGCAAGGAUGAGUACAUGGCUGACCUCUACCACUUCUCCACCAAAGAGGACAGCUACGCCAGCUACUUCAUCAGACUGCUGGAAAUCCAAGCCCAGUAUCACCGGCAGUCCCUGGAAUCACUGGACUCGGCUCUGGCAGAGCUGAAGGAAAGCCACAGCCAGACAGAGCCCUCCUUUGCUGCAGACGCCCCGGUGGUGGGGUACUAUGGCGUGCCCCUAGAGACACACCUCAAGAGCUUGGGCCGGGAGAUCGCACUGCCCAUCGAAGCCUGUGUCAUGAUGCUGCUGGCCUCCGGCAUGAGGGAGGAGGGACUCUUCCGGCUGGCAGCGGGCGCCUCAGUGCUGAGGAAGCUGAAGAGCAGCUUGGCCAGCGGCUCCAAUGCCCUGGAGGAGUUUUACUCGGACCCCCAUGCCGUGGCCGGUGCACUGAAAUCCUACCUGCGAGAGCUGCCCCAGCCUUUGAUGACCUUCGAGCUCUACAACGAAUGGGUCAAAGUGGCCAGUUUAAAGGACGUUGACAGCCGCGUACAGAGCCUGCAAGACACCUGCAGCCGCCUGCCCCGGGAGAGCUACAACAAUCUGAGGUAUCUGAUCAAGUUUUUAGCCAAGCUGGCCGAACACCAGGAGUUGAAUAAAAUGACCCCCAGCAACAUCGCCAUCGUGCUGGGCCCCAACCUGCUGUGGGCGCAGCAGAGCGCAGAAGACCCUGUGCAACUGGACUUGGCCUCGGUCUCCUCCAUCCAGGUGGUGGGCGUGGUGGAAGCCCUCAUCCAGAACGCGGACACCCUCUUCCCUGGAGAGGUAGAUUUCAACGUCUCAGGCAUGUUCACGCCGCCCGCAAAUACGGGAUUUGGUGAGGCCGCUCUGGUGGAAGAGCCGUCCCCUGAGCCCCCUCCGGCCGGCACCCCUGCUCUCCCGGAUGGAGAGGCCACCUCGAGGGACCCUGAGGCCACGUCCCAGCCAGCAUCCCCAGCAGUGACCAGACCGUCUCCUGAAGCCGCGGGGCCACCAGCUCCGCAGAUGACCGACAACACUGCCCGCAAAGGCAAGCGCCCGGCUCCAGCCCGACCCAUGAUGCCACCACCACCUGUGGCUCAGCCCCGGAGCACGGCUCCUGCCCCGGCGGCCCCCGAGCACACAGGCAGCCCCAAAGCCCGGCCGCGACGGAUGGGGGCUCCCAGCCCGGGACCCCCGAUCCCAGGAGAGCCACCUGUGAGGAGGGGAGGCUCCCAGGUGCUGCCUGCGGUUUUUGGGCCAGCAUGGGCAGCCUGGCCCGGGACUGGCAGCCUCACAGCCGCGGUGGAAACGGCUUCGGGCCGCAAGGCGCUGGUGGUGGGGAAGCCGAACACCUACAUGUUUGAUUGCAUCGUGGAGCGUUUCGGCGUUGACCCGUCCCGCACCCUCAUGGUGGGAGACCGUCUGGAGACAGAUAUCCUCUUCGGCAAGAACUGCGGCCUCUCCACCAUCCUCACGCUGACGGGCGUCUCCCGCCUAGAAGAGGCACAGGCCUACAUGGCCAGCGACAGCGCCGCUGCCAAGGAUCUGGUGCCCAAUUACUAUGUGGACAGCAUUGCAGACUUGAUACCGGGCCUGGAUGAGUAG